AUGCGGUCGACCAUCCAGCUGGUGUCCAACCAGACGGUCCUCUCCUCAUUUGCCCAGUUUUACUCUAACCACUUCAAAUCUGAACAGCUAUACAUCGAUCGGAAUGCAACCAUCCUCAUUCCCACCAACGUCGGCUAUUGGCGCUUCGAAACCCAAUGGGACACCCUCACCCGCAGGCAGAGGCGCCGGUUACUACGUUACCACAUUCUCAAGGGGCGUUACACCGCGAAGCAGCUCCUGAAUGCGGCUCCGCUCACACUCUUUCCAACUCUCAAUUUAAACUUGCCGCUAAACAAGACUCUCAAGCCAAAUGAAGUGUAUUUCCAGUCAGUCCCGGCGACGAGGUUUGUGUCGCCGCUGAGCGUGCCGAAUGCAGGGCUGACGGAUAAUUUCGCUGCGCAUGGAGUGACGAUGGUCCUCCUGCCGCCCAACCUUAACUGCACCUGGUCAUAUUGCAGAGGUUAA